AUGUCCUCUACCAAACUCAUCGUCUGCGUUUCGUUAUUCUGCUAUCUGGCGCUACUUGAAGUUCCAUUUGCAAAUUGCGGACGCCUUCAGAGACAACUGCUUGACGCCCUGACAAAUGCGGACUCACUGGAGGAUCUAGAGAGUCAGCUACUUUUGGACGAGCUGACCUCGCCGUCACAGGAGUUUCGGCGCAGGUUGGCUUCGAAACGAGGAUUUGUUCGACUUGGUUAA